CCCUCAUUAGUCUCGCAGUUUGCUGUGUUUAUAGCCCGCUCCCGGCCACGCUCUUCAAGUCUGUCUGGUUCUCAUCCGCCUUGCUUUCUAGAGAAAUUCUACCAUAAAUGACUCUGCCUCCCCACCCACCUGAGACCGUGGGAUUGAUGACACGUGGAAGUGACAAACAGCACCGGUGGGGGACUUCGUGGUCGACGCAGGAUUCGGGAAGUAACACACACGCAAAAAAUGGAACACAACAACAACAGCAGUAGAAAACUACUGGAACGGAGGUGUUUAUUUAUGCAUCCCCCGCGCGAAUGGAAUAAACACGAAAAAAUAUACUCAAAACUAAACAUGCGAGAGGUUAUUUUUUGACGCCUGGGGAGGUAUGAGCUCUUUAAAUUUGAGGGUGUUCAGAUGCGUGAGGGGAGGGCGGAGUCGGUGGAGCUUCAUGGUGCAGAGUAAGGUACCCGCAACUUUUGCAAAGGAGCGCAGUUUUAGCAAUGAUGGGCUACUCUCGAAACUGCCCCGAUCUGACCACUUUCUGGCGAAACUCGCAGUGUGUGCCAUGUGGCCUUAAGGCAGGAUAUGAAGUGAGUCCUAACUGUGGCUUCGAUGACAAAGGGGGGCGACACGAGCCCCCAUUCAGAGCGUGCAAAGACAACACGUACAACCCGGGCAGGUGGGCGAAGUGUGCGCCGUGUGGCUCCUGUCCGACCGGACACAGCACCGUCAGCCCCUGCAGCGCGACCACCGACACGCAGUGCCGAGACACGAGGACCCAUACCACCGAAGUUCCAUACAAAGAAACAGCGACGACGACAGCAACAACAAUAACAACACCUCAGAGUGUCUCAGAAUUUUCUACGAUUCAGGCAAUCCGAGAAUCCACUAACCCAACAAACAAAGCCUCUAAAACAUCUUUGCUCCCUGAACACCCUAACCCUCUGCACUGGGCAGUACCACUGGUUAUCCUGAUUUCCAUUGCACUGGUCGUGCUGUCUGCUGUUCUAAUCUACACAAGGCGGAGAAGAGGUCAAGGCAGAGUGUUGGCUUAUGACAGAAGAUCAUCGUACACCAAUGCUGGGUUCUCUUCUCUCUCUACUCCGCCUGAUAACAGUGACGUGCUGAGUCCCGCCAUCCUGUCUGCACCUUUACAAACAGUGCUGGACAACCUGGAUGUUCUGGAGGAGCUGGUGAUUUUAUUGGAUCCGGAAAUCCACGGGCUAAAGAACACCAAACAUCUGGCCUCUCAUUGCUCCUUCCCCUCCACCUGGAUUACUUACAGCUACUCCAUGAAGGACAGUAAGAGCCCCCUGAAAGCCGUGCUGGAGGGGGUCACCAGCCGGCACCCGGAGUGGACAGUAGGACACCUGGCUAAGAUGUUCCGACUUAUGGAGCGCAACGAUGCCAUCGCUGCUCUCGCCAAACUCAGGCCGAGUCAGAUGGACGUGUAGCAUUCAUCCAGAAGACCGACGGUGCUGCAAAUAUUAUUUACAGGAAUCUGCAAACACAGUGGUAAUGGUGGCGUGCGAAACUGAUCAGUAGUUACAAAAAGAUAAUGCAGGGAAAGCAGUUCGAUGAGGCAAAGUUCAAAACUACUAUGAUGGUGAAAACAACUGUGUGAUGUCUUCUGCAGCUCUUUAAAGAAAAAAAUCUGAAAUGACUCAUUGACAACUCCUGGGCAGUAGAUCAAGAUUUGGAAUGAACUCCUGUGCGUCCUUCAGCUCUCACGUUAUAUUUCUCGAUCGGCCCAAUUCUAAUGUCCACUUGGAGGGCUUAAAAAGGCUGUCUCACUGCAAUGUUAUGAAGUUCAAGAGAGCUCUUUGGCAAUAUUUGACAUAUUUGAAUCCGUCUUGGCCACUAUUUGUGAGUCCACAUUUCUGCCGAUCUAGUCGCGUUGAACGCAGGAUUGCAGGGAAAAGCCUGUAGACUUAUAGAAUCAGCCUGUAGAAUCAUAAUCCAGAUGAUACCGCUCUGAAGUAUCUGCUUGCUUCCUUUAUUCUAUACGCUGCAUUUUUUAAAAUCACAAAUAAAUUUUCUAAAUCAAUACCUAACAUCCUACAUUUUCUCCAAGAACUGAUUCUCUUCUUAAAUCACGCAGCUUCUUAAACAACAGAAAAGUAAUAAGCUUUUCAAACGUAGUGGAACUUUUUUCCUGCAAAGCCUGAAACAGAAUGUUGUUUCUGUGUAUGUGCAUAUGUUUACUCAUGUUUUUUGUUUAUCACCUCCGCCGAGGGAGGUUAUUGUUUGUCUAAACACACUGAAAUACACAGGUGCAUGUACAGGAAAAUACAAACACAAUCAGACAAAAGUGUUAGGGGAAAAAAAGGAAUAACAAAUGUAGUCUUGCAAGCAAAGGUGAAAACUUAGGAAGAGAUUUAGAACACUUCUGUUUGUUCGAGAGUGCCACCAUCUGGGUUAUCAUGGUAACAGCAAUGUCUUUAAGGGGAGAGAAGAAGGCAUUUGGUUUGUGUCCGAGGAGGGAUUCAAAAAAAAUAUCACCCGUGCAUGCAGCCUUUUAGGGGAUCAUAUCAUAUAUACAUUACAUAACAUAUAUUUCUACAUUCUGUUAUUUGCUACUUUGAUAAAGACCCAGUAGCCGGAACAUGAUGGAUUUUAAAUGAUUGCACUCUUCAUGAUUUAUCUGCUAUAAUAAAAGCUUUUUGAAUAUUU